UGUCCCCAGCCUGGAGCAGAUGCUGGCCGCCAACCCCGGGAAGACGCCCAUCAGCCUGCUGCAGGAAUAUGGCACUCGCAUAGGCAAGACCCCCGGCUACGACCUCCUGAAGGCCGAGGGACAAGCCCAUCAGCCCAACUUCACCUUCCGUGUCACCGUUGGGGACAUCAGCUGCACCGGGCAGGGGCCCAGCAAGAAGGCGGCGAAGCACAAAGCGGCCGAGGUGGCCCUGAAGCUGCUCAAAGGGGGGGACAUGCUGGAGCCCACUGCCCCCGAGGAGCCCAGGUGAGGGGGGGACGGGAUCCCCAGGGUGCUGGAGGAUCAGGGUGGGGGUCAGGGUGCAGCGCAGGAUGGGAUGAAGACGCCCGUGUCCCCCCCCCAGUCGGAGUGUAACCCCGUGGGGGCUCUGCAGGAGCUGGUGGUGCAGAAGGGCUGGCGCCUGCCCGAGUACACGGUGACACAGGAGUCGGGGCCGGCGCAUCGCAAGGAGUUCACGAUGACCUGCCGCGUGGAGCGCUUCGUGGAGAUCGGCAGCGGCACCUCCAAGAAGCUGGCGAAGCGCAACGCGGCUGCCAAGAUGCUGGUGCGGAUCCACAACGUCCCCAUGGAGCCACGGGAGGGCAGCGAGGCCGAAGUGGAGGAGGACCAGUUCUCCAUGGCAGGCCCCAGGCUGGAGGGUCUGCGGGGCCGAGCGCCCGGCUGCACCUGGGACUCCCUACGGAAUUCGGCGGGUGAGAAGAUUGUGCAGCUGCGGAGUCACCCACUGGCACCCAUGGGUGCGGGGGCCUGCGCCCUCCUGCAGGAGCUCUCCGAGGAGCAGAGCUUCGCCAUCAGCUACCUUGACAUCGAUGCGUUGAGCCUCAGCGGGCUGCACCAGUGCCUGGUGGAGCUGUCGACGCAGCCGGCCACGGUGUGCCACGGCGCGGCCCCCUCCCGCGACGGUGCCCGCUCCCAGGCCGCCCGCAACGCCCUCCAGUACCUCCGCAUCAUGGCGGGGGGCAAGUGAGCCCCCCCCACUCCACCUACCCACUGACACCCGGACGGACCCACAGACACUCCGACAGACCCACAGAUGGACCCCUGGACUCACUGACCAACACACGGACCUCGGGAUGGAUGCCUGGACCCACUGGUGGGCACCCAGACCCACCCACGGACACCCAGACAGACACCCAGCCCCACUGACACACCCUGUGGGCACCUGGACCUGCUGACAGACAGACGGACAGACAUGUGGCCCCCCAGACGGAGCCCUCAGGGCCCGGGGGCACCCUCCGUCCUGGACCCCCCGGG